AUGCCAAAAGUUCGACGAAAACGACUAACUACAGCAAAAAAACGACCAACUACAGCAAGAAAACGACCAACUACAGCAAGAAAACGACCAACUACAACAAGAAAGCGACUAAAUCAACCGAAGAAACUUUCAACAAAAGCUACAACAAUUUCUAAUCAACCAAUGAAAGCUGUUUAUUUUGAUCUUGUUAAUCAACCUAAUGCAUCGAUUAAAUCAAAAUCGACAGGAAAAUUUAUUCAAUUAUCAAAACCACCAAAGAAUUUAAAAGUAUCUGAUGAUUGGGAUGUUCAACCAGGCGAUGUACUUUCAUGGAGUGAAUUUCGACCAACAGAAACUUUUUUUGUCACAUCAGAAGGAACACUUUUAAAGAAUCCUGAUACAUCUGGUUCAGGUUAUUUAACAAUUCCACUUGCAAUAACUUCUCAAUUUUCUGAUGCUAUCGAUUAUUUUUCUUCGGUAUUGGAUUCUAUUGGUCGUAAUUAUGUUUCAUCAAUUGAAAUUACAUCAAAUGAUUCAUUCUUUGUCAAAAAAUUUUCAAAAGAACUUCCAAAAUCAAUCAAAAAUCGAACUGAUAUAUCAUAUUCAUUUGAUCCAAAUGAUGAAGUUCUCUAUGUUACAAUUGAAUCAAAUCCUAAUCAAUCUCAACAAUUUCAAUUAGAAACAACUAAAAUAGAAGAUAUUAUUCAAUGGAUAUCAACAAGCAAUGAAACAAAAACUAAAUUUAUUGUUAAAUAUAAUUUUGAAGGAAAAGAAACAUGUAGCAAAGUUCCUUGUGGUAUUAUUAUGGGUUUACCACCUGGAUGGCAAAGUGAACAACAAGGUUCAUUAUUAUUUAGUGAAAAUAAAAUACAAGGCGAAUGGAAAUGUGAAGGACCAGAAAAAACAAAAGAGAAAGCACAAAAAGCGAUUGAAAAACAUUAUAAAGGACUUGAAAUUGAAAUAAAAUAA